UACGUAACAUAUAAACAAUGUGCAGAGAGAAAGGGAGUGAAUGAUGAUGCAUAAGUUCCACCUUCCGUAAAACCUUUACUUUGAACAAAAUCUACUCAACCAAGUUCUCAAGAAUUCAUAUUCAAUUGUUUAUCCAAUUCUAGUCUUGUCUUAAGCAAUCCACUAAUCUACCAACCCAUCAUUAACAAUACAAAUUAAUUUACGAAAGCAAUCUAGAAAACCCAUUAAAAUUCAAUAAAUUUUCCCUCCAUUUAAACGCAUUAAUCCCAAUCUUCACAUACACACCACACAAAUUAGCAUUGGAAAAAAAAUGACAGACAUUCUCCAUUCCCCACCACCAAUGGCUUCACCUUCAAGCUCCGUGGAUGAUAGGUUGCGUUCCCUUAUUAACACUCAUACGGUAGAUUUUUUCAGGAGAAAUAAUACUACUCAAAUACAACAGGAUUUAGAAGAACGAGAAGAGGAGGGGGAUCAAUGGUCUGUUUUGGCUGCUUUGGUGACUGCUUUUAGGAAAUCUUUGGUGGGUUGUAAAAGUGCAGCUGAAAAUUGUAGUGUUGAAGAAUUAAUGGAAAUUGGGUGGCCUACUAAUGUUAGGCAUGUUGCCCAUGUAACAUUUGAUAGGUUCAAUGGAUUUCUUGGACUCCCUGAUGAGUUUGAACCUGAAGUUCCCAGAAGGCCUCCCAGUGCUAGGUCAGUUUUUGGUCUUUGAAACUUUAAAAUGAAGUUUUCUUUGAUACUGAAUGUCAAUUGGAAAAUCGGAAAAAAGAAUAGAUGAUUAGUAGGGAAGGUGAGCAUGUAUGGGAGUGCUUCUAAGGAGCUCUUUCUCUGGAUUUUUGGUUGCUAUGAAAACUUUAGAAUAGAAGAAAAAACACAUGCUGUGGGAGUGCGUCUAUCGAGUAUCGGGUAGAGAAAUAUUUGAUAGAACAAAGGGAGUUUAUAAUUCGAAACUUUAUUGAUGAAUUCAAUGUAGAUGAUUUUGCUGAAUCACGUAAAUCUGUGUGUUAU